AUCAUUUCAUCCUAUACGGAAUUCUCACUCUGCUGCCAGAUGAUGGGCUACCAGGAUGAAUGGAUGAAAUACGAGCUAAUGGCCAUCCAGCGUAGCUCUCACCUCCAGGUUAUCGGAGGCGGGCUAUUAACAACAGUUAAAUUAGCACAGUCAUUGGCCUAUAUGAAGCUCUGUUUGGGAAACCUGCCCCUGUCUAUUCAGUUAGGCUAUCGAGCCCAUGAGAUGUGUGUGCAUCUGAAGAAACCCAAGCUGGACUGCCUGGUUCUCUGCAUGCUCUUCGAAGCUCUCUUUCUGAGCAUCAGGUAUGGUGCAAAUCGAUCUUCCCUUGUGGAUGGGCUAAGGAGAACA